CAUCUUCCGACAUCUUCCGGCACCCCGAGUGGUCGUGGUACCCAUGGAGGAAGCGACUGAAGCAUUGACGGCCGGGGAUCCCCCACGCAACAAGAUCUACAAUCUCAGUGGGAACUUCUUCGAGGUCAGCAGAUCUGAAUAUCCACUUCCCUUCACUCCUCCCAAGCAGAUGAUCUUUGAGAUCUACUUCUUUAGACAGCUGUAUGACCAUUUGGCGGCCAAAACUUUGCGCAAGGAUUUACCGCUGCUGGCGCUUCGCAACAUGUCCCUAAAGUUGAUGCAAGCCUUUGGGAUGCCAGGAGCUCUGGAGGUAAACUUCUUUGGCAACCUUCAAAAGCCGUUCUGCACUUGGAGCGAUAUUCAAGAUGCGUUGAUCAACUCUGGACAUCCAACCAUCCGGUUGUCACCAGCAGAGCGUUUAUAUCGUACUCUGAGCAACGAGGAAAGCAGCCGCUUGGCCAGAGGGUGGUUUAACUUUGUCAUGAUCGUGACGGUCUUGAACCUGACGAAGAUUAUGUGGCCUCCGUUGGCAGAGAGGAUGUGCGAUGUUGUGGGCCUGAGCCACGUGGACGACCAUUGCUCCAACGUCUUCAACACCUUCUGUAUCAUCGUCUUCAGCGUGGACUAUUUCACCAAGCUGUGUUGCACACCUUUUGUGCGUAUGGAGCUGGUUGAAGUGCACAAAAACUUUUUCUGCACCGAGGAUUUGGUGUUAAAGCCGAUGCCUCCGGCUGCCCGGGUCUGGCACUUUGUUACACAAGGUGAUGCGAUGGUUGACCUCGUGGCGAUAUUGCCUUGGUGGAUGGAUGUCUUAGUGGGGAACUUCCUUCCAGGUGCUUCUUUCUUGCGCGUUAUUCGCCUGGCUCGACUCAUGCGCAUUUUCAAGUCAGCAAAAUAUCUCGAUAUGGUUCAGGUCUUGGGUUUAACGCUGUGGAAAAGCAUCAUCAUGGUGGCCUAUCUCUUUAUUCUCAUCAUGGUCAUUGCGUUGAUCGCUGGAUGCCUUCUUCAGCAGUUCGAACAAGACAUGCAGGAAGAAGCCUUCCAGUCUGUGCCGGGGGCUGGCUAUUGGAUCUUUAGCAGAUUGAUCUCCAUGAAGGAUACUCCCUAUGUCUCUGGCAAAGUGCAAACGCAGUCCGGCAUUGUGGUGCUGGCUGCUACUCUGACCUUGAAAGGCGUGAUGUGGAUUGUUCCGAUUGCACACAUCAAACAGAUCUUCUCCAAGGAGUAUUCGUAUGUAACUCAUGAGCGUGAGUUGAGGAUGCAGGUGAGGGAACAAGUCUUGGAUGCUAUGGAUGGCGGUGAUCAUAAACUGCUGAGUAGUCCCAAUGGCACCACCUGUGCAGUGCUGUCUGUAUCAAGUAGUUCUGGUUUCGCCAAAGCGCGAGUGCCAUUGCCCAUCCAAAGAAAGGAACCAGUUCAGCGAUCACCACUGGUGGUCACAGUGAGUCUCGACUGCCAUGGAAGUAAAGUGGGUGAAACCACCAUAUGUAUGCUGUGGAUGCCAGGUGCUGAGAUGCAGGAGCCAGACGCAUUGCCGUGUGGAAUACUUACGCUGACCAUUUUGGAAGUCAAAGGUCUUCAAGGCCCACUUACUGCCACCUGGGAGGUGCCCAACAAGCUCUUUGGGUGCAUCACAAGCGUGGUGAAUUUGGAAAACUCGGAGACUCGCUUCCCUAUCAGACCCUUGGUUCAGACUUGCAACUACAGCGUUAACUUAUCACAUGUCACGGUCCUGUUCAGAGCCAAGGAUUUUACUUUGGAAGGCACAGCACUAUUCUUGACCAAUAUUCUUUUUUCAUCGGUCCCGACCGUGACCGAAACCUUCACCACAGCGGUCUCGAGCUAG